CCGUCACCACAAACCGUCCAUUUGCCAGCGGACGUUCAAAGGAGAAACACCGAGCCACGCACUCACCUUGCUAAAAAUAAAUCAAAAAUUAAGAAAAGGGGCGUUCCUCCAUUGACCAAAGAAUUUAACUAUAAUGACACAUCUGACCAAAAAUUUCGCACGUCCGGAAAAGAAUGAGGAGGUUGUGACCUUCGGCAGUCUGGAUCCGUCGGUUCAAGAACUUCUGACAGCUGCUUUCCAAGUGCGUCAGCGGGCAUACGUUCCAUAUAGUGGCUUCAAAGUGGGGGCAGCUUUUCGGGCCAAGGACGGCGGACAGAUCUUCAGUGGCUGUAAUGUGGAAAACGCUGCCUUUACGCCGUGCUCUUGUGCUGAGAGAACGGCCGUUACCAAAGCCGUAAGCGAGGGAGCCACCGAAUUUUCCGCAGGGGCCGUUUUGGCCUACGAACCUGAUGUGUUCACCACUCCUUGCGGCGUUUGUCGCCAGUUCAUACGCGAGUUUGCCAACGAGGAUAUACCCAUCUACGUGGCCCAAGCUUUCGAUGCGAGGAUUUCUGAAAAGAAGGAUGUUUUGCAGAGCGAGGAUCCCGUCCUGUGCACCUCAAUCUUUAAUCUGUUGCCGAGCAGCUUUCACACCUAUCGAAAGUAAUCCCCACUGCAGGCCAGAAUUGAAAAGAGACAGAAGGGAGCUAGUUCAAGGUUGUUUCUCUACCCCUUUCGCCUCGGGUAUAUAGUCUAAUCAAUAUAAUUUUAAUCUUAUCACUUGCAAUAAAGAAAAUUACACUACUUAA